ACGCCGAAGUUCGCAAUCUUCCUUGUGAUUCUGUCAUCAAUUUGCAUAGUCGCCGUAACACUAGUUGUCUUUGUUUCCCACAACCGCAUCGCCAGCACGUGGUUACCCUCGGCGCAGGCCAUCCAACCCACUGUUCUCUUCGCAUUGUGUACCGGCGUCUUUAAUGCUUCCCAGGCGUACAUUCUGACGGCCGGGGUUACCGUCGUAUGGUGGCGGAGUGCGCUGCAUGGUACGACGCUCAGAAAUCUGCACUAUAUAUGGAAUAAGGGGGAGUGGAAGAGCGUGGAUGGGCUCGUUAGUGCGCUCUCAGCAAGCAGCCAAACUAGAUGGGUGAUGGCUGUGACUUGUAUCGUGGCUAUUGCAAGUAUUGCGGAUGGUCCUCUGCUGCAGCGGGCGACCAAGCCAGUGCUUGCCGAUUUCACCGUCAAGUAUGCUGGAAAUGCAUCCUUAGUAAGCUCCAUUGACGACGGCUGGACUGGAGGUGUCGAUCACACGGCUCCUGGAAGGGUCGCCGCCUCCAACGAUCUAGACAAGGCGUUACAAGAUUGGUACCUAAACAACACAAUUUCCACUAACAGCACCUGUCCCGGGACCUGUCUAGGUCGCAUCUUCGGCGCCGGAUUAGCGGUGAAUUGCUCUUCGACAGAGUCGUAUUUAGAUCUAAAUGCGACUGAAAAUGGAAAUACAACGCUCUUCCGAAUCAACUUUACGCGCACCGCAGAUGCCCUAGGUUCACCAAUGUUGGAUAUGCAGCUACAGUACGUGGAACAAAUUGACAAUCCAUGUAACGCAACCUUUGCCGUCGAAACCUGCAGCAUCCGCACUGCCAUCGUAGGGUAUGACGUUGUCCAACAAGAGGACGUCAUAAACCUUGACGCGGCUUUCUUUCCCGAAGUUGUCUCUCUCCACCCUUCUGCCAACGAUGCUAUCACUGCUGAGGAUAAGAUUUCCGCUGGCCCGCUCGCAGGGGUGGAAUACAUGGGUUAUUACUAUUUGCAAUCCAAUGCAACAUGGAAUCGUUACCCCGACAAUACAUCAGGCUUGGAGUAUGAUUAUGGCAUACUAGCCAAACAAUUCGCGGAUAAUUAUGCAGGCUAUGAUUGUGGGUACUCGUGGUUUAAUGCGACAGACUAUGUGCUGCGGUCUAUGCACGAGUUUAUGUUUCGUGCGGCAUAUUCUUUAACA